CGGGCAGCAGGGGGAAGCAGCGCGGAGCAGCGUUCUCCCAAAUCAGGCGGAAACGGCGAGGGUCCCACGCCGGAGGCGGACCUGCGGAAUCGGCCAGCGGCCUCAGACGCGGCGCCGGCGAUCCCAAACAUGCCUGGGGAUCACCGGCGCAUCCGCGGGCCCGAGGAAUCGCAACCGCCUUCGCUGUACGCGCUGCCGGGCCAGGAAGACGACGACGAUGAGGGGGAGGCCGGAGCGGCUGGGCCCCGCGAUCCCGCGCGGCUGCGACCGGUAUACGCGCGUGCCGGUCUGCUGAGCCAGGCCAAGGGCUCGGCCUACCUAGAGGCCGGCCGCACCAAGGUGCUGUGUGCCGUGUCCGGGCCGCGGCCGGCCGAGGGGGAGCGCUCGGGGGCGGCGGCGGCCGGCGCGGGCGGCCGCCUGGUGUGCGACUUCCGGCGGGCGCCUUUUUCGGGACCGCGGCGGCGGCGGCCGGGAGGUGCGGGCGCGGGCGGCGGCACGGAGGAGCGCGAGCUGGCGCUGGCAAUGCAGGAGGCGCUGGAGCCCGCAGUGCGCCUGGGCCGCUAUCCGCGCGCUCAGCUCGAGGUGUCGGCGCUGCUUCUGGAGGACGGCGGCUCGGCACUGGCCGCCGCGCUCACGGCCGCCUCCCUGGCGCUGGCGGACGCGGGCGUCGAGAUGUACGACGUGGUGGUGGGCUGCGCACUGAGCCGCGGCCCGGGCCCCGACGCCGCCUGGCUGCUGGACCCCACGCGCCGCGAGGAGGAGCGCGCCGCCGCCGGCAUCACGGUGGCGCUGCUGCCCGUACUCAACCAGGUGGCGGGCCUGCUGGGCAGCGGCGAGGCGGGCGAAGCGGAGAGCUGGGCGGCCGCCGUGCGCCUGGGCCUCGAGGGCUGCCAGCGCCUGUACCCCGUGCUGCAGCAGUGCCUGCUCCGCGCCGCGCGCCGAAGGGGUGAGGCGGCGGCGCCUGGCCCAGGCCCGGCCCCCGCCGCGCCCGGACCUGCCGAUGCUGCCGCCGCCGCCGCGCCCUCCCGGACCCCCUCCGAGGCUGCUGCUGCUGCUGCUGCUGCUUCCGCCGCCGAUGCCAACGCCAUGACCCUCGACCCAGCUGGGGACUUGGAGGCCUGAGUGCCCCCAUCGGGAGGGAGGAGGACCCAUCCCCAUCCUCCUUGUCACCUCCCUCCUCCCUCUCCCCAGAAUGGCAGCAGUCCUGCCCCCCUGCUGCCACCCCUUCCCCUCACCCCCAGGCGAUGGACCAAGGCCUGGGCAUUCAGGAGCCCCACCCACCCAACCCCACUUCCCCCUCCCCCUGACCUGCUGCAACCCCGACCCACUCGAGGCUGCCAACACUGGUGCAAAACCCCUCCGGCCUUGACAUCUUUCCUCCCCGAGGCCUGGGGGGGGUGGGGAGCGGCACCGGCCAUCACCGGCCUCCUCCUCCCCAGCGAUCCCCAAACCUGUUCUAACCAUCACCGCCCACCCCCAAUCCCCUGCAGCGGCCUCAGGACCCCCACCCUGCAAGUGCCUUCCUACAAGUGACAGACUUUGGGGGGACAGUUGCCUUUGGAGCCACGGAGCCAUUUCUGUAUAUGUUGAUUAAAAGAUUGUUUGGCGUUUGA